UGAGAGGUGUGAAGUGGUACCUCAGAGAUGUCUUAAUUUGCAAGGAAACUUUAUUUCUAAAGUGACAGCUGGCCCAGGACAGGACUAAAAAACCACCUGCUAUAAGAACGAACUGAGAUACCAGGUCUUGAGGCUUUACUCCAAAGGAGUAAAUUUCUGAAAAAGAUCAUUUCAGAUGGUAGUAAUGGAAUCACAAGAUACUUCCUCAGACUCCAAGUUAAGAGAAACCCAGGAAUGUGGUGCUUGGUUAAAGAAGCAACUGGUAAAUGAGGAGAGACAUCAGUGGCAAGCCCCUUACAAUGAGACUCCUAGAGAAAGAGGUCAUGAAUGUAAUAAGUUUGGAAGAAAACAUAGUCUAACGUCAACCCUGGUUACACCACAGAAAGUUCCUAUAGAAAAAGCACUACAUAAAUAUAGUAUACAUGAAAAGAACUUCAAACAGACUUCAGAUUUAAUUAAACAUCAGGGAGAUACAGGGAAGAAAACAUAUAAAUGUAAUGAAUGUGAAAAAGUUUACAGUGACCACUCAACCCUUACUCAGCAUUACAUAAUUCAUACCGGAGAGAGACCUUACAAAUGUAAUGAUUGUGGAAAAGCAUUCAGUCGGAGUUCGUCCCUUAAUAAGCAUCAGAGGAUACAUACUGGAGAAAAACCGUAUGAGUGUAAUGAAUGUGGGAAAGCCUUCCUUCAGAGCACACACUUUAUUCAACAUCAGAGAAUUCAUACAGGAGAGAAACCUUAUGGAUGUAAUGAAUGUGGGAAAUCCUUCAGUCAAAGCUCUUACCUCAACCAACACCAGAGAAUUCAUACUGGGGAGAAACCCUACGAAUGUAAUGAUUGUGGGAAAACGUUCAGCCGGAGUGCACACCUCUCUCAGCAUCAGAGAAUUCAUACUGGAGAGAAACCGUUCAAAUGUGAUGAAUGUGGGAGAGCCUUUAGCCGCAACUCUUCCCUAUUUGAACACCAGAAAAUUCACACUGGAGAGAAACCCUAUGAGUGUAGCGAAUGUGGGAAGGCCUUCAGCCAGAGCACACUCCUUACACAACAUCACAGAAUUCAUACUAAUGAUAAAUCGUAUAAAUGUAGUGAAUGCGGGAGAGCCUUCAGCCGCAGUUCCUGCCUUUCUAAGCACCAGAGAAUCCACACUGGAGAGAAACCCUAUAAUUGUAAUGAAUGUGGGAAAGCUUUUAGCCAAAGCUCCUGCCUUUCUAAACAUCAGAGAAUUCAUACUGGCGAGAAACCCUAUGGGUGCGAUAUCUGUGGGAAAGCCUUUAGUCAGAGCACACACCUUACUGAACAUCAGCUUAUUCACACUGGAGAAAAACCUUACGAAUGUAUUAAAUGUGGGAAAAUGUUUAGUCGUAAAUCAUCUCUCCUUGAACAUCAGUUUAUUCACACUGGAGAGAAACCUUAUGAAUGCAUCAAAUGUGGAAAAACAUUUAGCCGAAAAUCAUCCCUUAUUGAACAUCAGUUUAUUCAUACUGGAGAGAAACCCUAUAAAUGUAACGAAUGUGGGAAAACCUUUAGCCAGAGGUCUUGCCUUUCUAAACAUCAGAGAAGUCACACUGAAGUAAAGCAUUGUGAAUUUAAUAAUUCGUGAAAUCAUUGAUGUGUAGUAAAAAUCUCAUACAAUUUCAGAUAAUUCAUACUUGAGAAGAAUAUUGGUAAUCCAAUGAUUGUGGGGAAGACUCAGAGUCAUCAUUUUCCUACUAUCUGAGAGUCCAAGUAGCACAAUUUGUUAAUGACUGUGAUGUUGUAUAGGCAUUUGAAAAAAAGAUAAGAAUGCGUCUAUAAAACAUUAGUUGUCAUUUCAUGGUUAGUCAUUUAAAUCUGAUUGAAAUAUUAAAUACAUUCAAGUUUCUGUCCAAAACAUUGUCUUUCUGUAAUAUAAAUCUAUUUCUCUGGUUAUCCUUUCUAGUGCCAAAACCUAUCCAUAACAUAUUUAUGUCUGUAUAUAUGUGUGUGUAUUUACAUAUAUAUGUAUACAUACACAUUUAAUAUAAAAGUAAAUCAACAAACUCACUCUGGGCUCAUCAGGAUUCAGAACUAUAGCCUUUUGUUCUGUGUAAGUUCUUGUUCCUUUAUUAUAGUUGCACCUUCUAAGCAUUAUUUUUAAGCCACACAAGGCCCAAGAUACCCUCAUUUGUUCUAUAUGGCUCCUAACUCAUAGAGAGUUCACUAUUUUUCCCUCAUUCCCUUAUUUUUUACACAUGAGAUAAUUUGAAGCAUUACAGAGCAGAAAAUAAACAACUGUAUUAAACUGUCCAUGAUAGACUCCCACUUUUUGUGAUUCUUGAAGUUGUACACAGUGCUUUCUUCCCAGUACCCCCAUCAGAUAGUCAUAUAUUAGUACUCAUAAGAGUGGUGUUCCCUACCCUUGCCCCAAUAAUUACAGAAAGUCGACUUCUCAGCUGAAUAAAUCAGGAACAGCAGGAUUGGGGAUGGCAAGUAAAGGAGAGGAUCAUCUAUUUUCUCCUUUCCCCCAUGACUUAAGAGGAAAACCUUGUGAAUUUUGAAAGCUUGGACAUCAUGCGGGAAAUCAGUAACUGAUACAAUGUCUGCUUUGGAGAUAACAACCGUAGACUAGCCUCAAGCCUCUCUUCAAGAAGCUCAGAAGAAAGGUUCUUACAAAAGAAUCUCAGAAAGAGGAGAAAAAUACUUCCAGAUUGGGAGAUGGUUUAGCCACUUUUAAAAUACUUUCCUAGCUUUCCUUUUUUUUUUUUUUUUUUUUUUUUUUGCACAGAAAGAGACCAAUCUCUGAUGUCAAGUUAGAAAUUUCCCUUUCAGCAGUUCCGUAAUGGUGAUUGCUAGAGAACAAGAUAUUUACCUACUAGCUAAAUUCGAAGAGUUAUAUUUUGGAAUCUUUGAAUAUAGGAAUUGCUAGAAAGAGAGGGGAAAUAGUAUUUCAAUAUUUCCUAAUCCAAAACUAUCUAAAAAAGAGGAAGAGAGAAUAUUAAAUAUAAUUUCAAGUUCUAUGGAUCAGCUUCUUUCCAAAUGGACUUUUUCAUUAUGUCCAAAUAGACAUUAACUGGGAAAAUGAAAAGUUUUAGGCUGUUUUUAAAAAUGAAACUUUAAAAAGUGAGGAAUAAUUAAAACUAGAUAAAUAUAUAAGGGAAAAAUAGCUAAUCAAUAUAGGUAUUUAUCUUUUUAGGGUCUUCUUGACUCUAAAUUCCUUGUGUGCCAGAAUAAUAACCUUAGGCUGUUCUUUCCAGAAGAGGCCAAAGACUUUCUUACUAAGGUCCAGAAUUAAAAAGUUUCCCCUUCUAGAUGCUAUAUUUUAAAAUAGUUACUCAGAUUCUAUAGAGGAAGAAGAAAUAAACUUCUAAGACACAAAAAUUCUAACACGGGGGAAGAGAUGAGUGGGUAGCGAUAAUGAUACCCAAAAAAGCAGCAAAGAAAGAAGAGCUGCACUGGAACAAUUUUUUUUAAUGCAUGGAGAACAAAAAUGUUCAUAAGGAGAUGCAGAUAAAGAGGGCAGUGUUGAAAUUAUUAAAUUUAGACAGCAGAAUCCAACAAUAUAUUUGUUCACAAGAAACCCACUUGAAACAUCAAAGCUUCAAAAAGAAUUAAAAUAAGAUCUUGAAACAAAAAUCUAUUAUGCUUUAACUGAAGUAGAAGUAAAAAAAAAAAAAAAAGCAAUGUGGUGGCAAUCUUAAUAUCAGACAAGGAAACACCAAAGAUAGAUAUUAUAAGAGAUGAACAAAGAAUCUAUAUUAUGCUGAAAGACAAUAGGCAAUGAAUAAAUGCCACUAUUUAACAUCUUUUAAAAAAUCAUUUUUAACAGGUUUGAGUUCCAAAUUCUCUCCCUCCUUCCAGUUCCUGUGGUGAUGUUCAUUCAGUCAUGUCUGACUUUAGCACAGCAAUCACUUCGGUCUUCUAUUAUGUCUUAAAAUCUGUUCAAGUUCAUGUUUGUUCCUUCCAUGACACUAGCUUAUCUCUUAUUCUCUGCUGUAUCUUUUUCCUUUUGUCUUCAAUCUUUCCCAAUAAUAGGGUCCUUUCCAGUGAGUCCUGUUUUCUCAUCAUGGAGCCAAAGUA